CAUAUAUUAUUAUUAUUUAUUUUUUUCUAAAAUUAUUAUAAGGAAACUUAAAAACCAUAACCCAACUAUAGGAUAAGACUCUAGUGAGAGAAGAGAUGGCUAAGCCCGAACAAGAACCCAAGACUUCCACGUCAGCGGCUUUCGCCGCCCAAAUCUGCAACCACCUCACCGCCGUCUUCGCCGCCCCUACCUCCACACCACCACCCCUUACCAUACUCGUCGAAGAAAUCUCCGCCGCCGCCAGCCGCGGCGGCAAGAUCUUCGUCUACGGCGUGGGCCGUGAAGGCCUGAUGCUGAAGGCCCUAUGCAUGAGGCUCUUCCACUUGGGCCUCUCAGCCCACUGCGUAUUUGACAUGACAACUCCGCCGAUCACUUCGCCGGACCUUCUCAUCGCCUCGGCCGGCCCCGGGGGUUUCUCCACCGUCGACGCCAUAUGCGGGAUCGCCCGGGACGGCGGCGCUAGGGUGGUGGUGCUGACGGCUCAGCCCGAAUUGGGAUCGUCGGUGAAGUACGCGAGUGUGGUGGCGCAUAUUCCGGCGCAGACGAUGGCGGAUGACAGGGUGGAUGGAAGCGGGUCGGGUCGGGCGCUGCUACCGAUGGGGAGUGUGUACGAGGGGGCGAUGUUUGUGUUGUUUGAGAUGGUGGUUUACGAAUUGGGCGAAGUAAUGGGUCGGAGCCCCGACGAAAUACGGUCUCGCCAUACCAAUUUGGAGUAAAAUACUUCUUCAAUUUAUAAUCUUUUAUUAUUUCAUGUAUAAAUAAUUUAAACGUUGGAUUUAUGUAUUAGUCUUUACUCUCGAUUGCAUCAAUUUAUCUCAUCUCCCCGUAGUUGUAAAAUUGUUCCAAUGGGAUCCUCAACGACUUUUGACAUUUUGGUCAGCGUCUGGAAAUUACAAAAACGUCCUCGCUCCUCCGUUUAGU